UGGCAAGAAGCAAAAAUACAUCCACGAUGGAGAGAAGCGAUGCUUGAGGAAAUGGCUGCACUUGACAAGAACAAUACAUGGGUGAUGAUGAGAAGGAGAUACAAUGUCUGAAGAAAAUGCUGGCAAAAUCAUUUGAGGUGAAAGACUUGGGUCAUCUACACUACUUCCUCGGAAUUGAGGUGGCCUAUGGGAUGCAAGGUAUUUAUCUCUGCCAGAGGAAAUAUGUGUUAGAUUUACUUGCAGAAACUGGCAUGUUAGGAUGUAGACCGGCAGCAACUCCAAUCGAACAAAACCAUCGUGUAUUAGCAGAUUCAGGUGAUCCAGUGGAUAAAUAUCAAUAUCAAAGGCUAGUUGGUCGAUUAAUCUACCUAUCACACACCAGACCAGAUAUUGCUUAUGCCGUUAGUGUUGUAAGUAGAUACAUGCAUGAUCCUAGAUCAGGCCAUCUAGAUUCCGUGAACAGAAUUUUGAGAUACCUCAAGAGUUGUCCUGGUAAAGGCAUUCUAUUUUCAAACAAUGGUCACCUGAACAUAGAAGGAUACACGGAUGCCGAUUGGGCAGGGUGUCUAGAUGACAGGAGGUCGACAUCUGGUUAUUGUGUUUUUGUUGGCAAAAAUUUAGUGGGGUGGAGAAGCAAGAAACAGAGUGUGGUGGCAAGAUCAACCGCGGAGGCUGAGUUUAGAUCCAUGGCAUCUGGAGUGUGUGAAUUGAUUUGGCUUAAACUCUUACUGCGUGAACUUCAUCUUUAUAAUGGUGCUCCACUCCAACUGUAUUGUGACAAUCAAGCUGCCAUAAAAAUCGUCAAUAAUCCUGUUUAUCAUGAUAGAACUAAGCAUGUUGAGAUAGAUAGGCAUUUCAUUAAGGAGAAAUUAGAAGCGGGAACUUUACAGGUUAACUAUGUGAGAUCAGAGAAGCAACUUGCUGAUGUAUUAACCAAAGGAGUGUGUGUGUUGAAUUUUAGUGAAAUCUGUAACAAGAUGGGGCUGUUAGAUAUCUUUGCCCCAUCUUGAGGGGGAGUGUUGGUAGGACUCUUUUGUAAUAGUAGUAUUUCAGUAGGUACUAGUAUGUAAAUGCAUCAUGUAUAUACAAACAGAAAGCAAGU